AUGAAAGCAGACCCAACCAAGCUGGUCGAGAAGAUGCUGCGCACCCCCAAGUGCUCUCGGUGCCGAAACCACGGCUUCCUGGUGCCAGUCAAGGGCCACGCGGGCAAGUGCCGCUGGAAGGAAUGCACCUGCGAAAAGUGCUACUUGAUCAGCGAGCGCCAGAAGAUAAUGGCUGCGCAGAAAGUGCUCAAGAGGCAGGCGUCCGAGGAGGAGCAGGAGGUGGCCCAGGGCGCUCAGAGGCCUGAGCUAGCUACUGGCGCUGUAGCUGGUGGCCAGGGCUCAAGCCUCCGCCCGCUGCUGCUGGCCGCUUCCGGUGACUCAGAGUCCAUACCCCACGCCCGUGUGACCUCCAGCUUUCCUGAGAGACCACCGCAAGGCCCCAGUCCGGGCCCAAGCGCCUUCCAACUAGUCGUGAGCAGCCGCAGCCACGUGGAAUCGAGUGAAGGAGCCGCCGCUGCGAUGUCCAGUUCCAUGGGGCGCCAACUUGAGGCUGAGGCUGCAGGCCGGGGAUGCCCCAACUGCCCGGAGCUGCACAGGCCUCAGCAGCCCGUAUCCAGCCCGCCACCCACUGACUUCGGGCUCCCUCAGAACAUGAACUCAGAUGGUGUGGUGGGGUCUGAGCACCUGGAGAGAGAGCCUUCCAACCCGUACCCCUGCUCCUUGAGCAUGCCGGUAUACCGCCCACUUCCACUGAGCUACCAGGAUGUGCCCUUAACCCAAAGGAUACCUCUGCAGCAAGGCUUCUGGCAUACCUCUGGCAACUCCUACAAUGGCGGAGGAUUGGUAUCGGAACCAGUGAGAAAAUUCCACCCAAUCUACUACCCUUCUACCACAUUGCCACGGCCCCCAUUCCUACCACCAAGCUUCCUCUCUGCGUUCCACUUCCUCCCACCACCACUGCCACCACUACCAUCUUUCUCAUUGGCUGUCCUGAGUGAUACAGACAAAGAAAUCACUGACAACCAGGAUGCAGAGGUGCCCUGUGAGCCCAACCAGCCAUCUUCUCAGGAGCAGUCCGGCUAA